GUGAGUGUCGUUAAUAAUCUACAUAAUGCAGUGACCAGUGUGCGGCCACCAUGGAUGUACAGCCUGGACAUUGCUGGUUUUGUGAGAAACGUCUCCCACAGAGAACUUUGCCUUGCGACGGAUGCCCUGUUGCUGUCUACUGCACCACAUCAUGCCGGGACAGAGACAAAGUCAGGCACGGUGCUGUUGAGUGUGAGAUAUUUCAGGCAAAAAAGUGCAGCACUUGCGGAAGACGUGGCAAAACACUUGAGUGUUCAGGAUGCAACGAUGCUUGGUAUUGUGAUACAGACUGCCAACGGCAUGGCUGGCCAUUUCACAAAGCAAAGUGUAAGGAAAUUAUGGCUUUUAUCAAACAACUGUCACUGAAACUGCACAUCCUAACGCAUGGUGAUUUCCCCUACUAUAUUGGGAACACCAUGGCUAAAGACUUCCUUCAACUUGAAAACAACGAAUUGUCCACAGACAAUGUGGAAAAGGAACAACUGACCAGGGAAUAUCAUGUCCUCUCUGCUGGUUGUGGAAACUUACGCAACACAGUGUUGACAGCUGCUUCCUUGCCUGACAGUUACCAGGGAAAACUUCACAUCACCCUCCAUGACAACGACCCUUUCGUCAUGGCAAGGAAUGUCCUGUUUCUUUUCAUGUUGGUUCGCUUCGCAGACACUGACUCCAUUGCUUCCAGUUUGACAACUAUCUGGUACUCUCUCCAUAUUUCCAAGAGAGAGUACGACUUGAUCAAGACAAGCUUGGAUGAACUCAUUCAGAUGAGUGCUAAGCAACUCCACGAUGCCACCAAAGGACUGGUAACUCUCCUGGAUGAAGACCUCAGUUAUCUGAAAUCUGUUUGGGGAAAGUGGCGAGCGUUGGAAUGUCAGCGAGACAAGAAAACCGCAAUAAAUCUCAGACAACAAAGAAAGGAUCUAUUCGAUAAGGGCCCCUUUCCUAAGGUGAACCGCACUCUGUAUCUAAGUCGUAUCAACGAAAAAGAUAGAAGAAUGAUUAAAGAGUGGUUGGAUCAUGGGCUAUUUUUUCCUCAUGAAGCGAAGGAAAAGGACAAUAUGGCAUUUGACAACCCAACACUAACUGCCCCAAAGGCAAGUAAAACAAUGAAAAGUGAGAAUGCACGCUUAUUUCUUCUCCUAAACGAUGUGCAAGCAAUAUCACAAGAAUUUGCCACAUUUGUGUAUUGCAUUCAGCCAAUUCUGAUUCCCUUUGAAGCAUGGGACUGUUUGAGAGUAAGAGAGCACACCCCUGGAUCCCACUCCUCUCCGAUGGUGAUGUACCACAAGUACGUGACAAACCUCCUCCAGAAAGUCAAGAGUCUCAUCCUCCAAGGAAGGCUCCUUAUCCAUGUCUCCGUGGCCGACUGUCUGGACUUUCCUAAUCACCAUCAAACCUUGAACAUGCCCAACUAUGACCGAAUCUUCACCUCCAACCUUGCUGAUUUUCUUGGCAUUCCAAGGCUUCUCCACACAUUUAAGCCACUGCUUAAUGCCAACAACAGCUACUCGGCUAUUGUUACUGAGACUAUUAAUUGGUUCUCGAAAGUUCCUGGAGCUAGCCCUGAUGCUGAUGAUCUUUCAGACAUCCAGCAUGAAAAAAUAAUCAAUUACUGCCUUGACGGUACGACUGGAAUACCACAAAUACAACAUAACUGCAUGUUUGACUACUUCAACAACACCUCUCACUUUCUCCAAUAUCUCCGAGCAGAUAUCAUGGCCGGGGCGUUUGGCAUUCCAGCACUCAAGAAAAUCCCAUCAUUUGAGAAUGUCAAGAAAUAUCACGGCAUGGAAAUGCGUGACUUCAGGAAGGGACUGAACAAGCUUGUACCAUUCCAGUACCUAUUUAAUAAACGAGACCUCAAUGCGCUGAACACGUGUCACAGAGCCGUAGAGUGGUGCCUGCCCAAAGUUUAGACAAAAUACUAAAGGCCUACACAAGCGGUGAUACCUUGCAGCAACUACAUAUGCUGUCCAUACAACUAAUUUGGCUAUUUUGUUUAAUUGUGCAGCGUUCAGUUUAGAUGUGCAGCCCCUGUUUGUCCAUUUGAGUGUUAUAGCUGCCCCGUCAUUCAGUUUUGCCCCAAAGUCACAUAUUCAGUUAGCAGAUUAGCAGAGAAAAGGUAAGGUGCCUCAAAUUUCACACUCUUAACGUGAGUGGGUGUGUCCAGCGAUGAGUCCUGACUGCUUGCAGUCAGAGUGUUCUUUUAUUACCAUCUAUCAUUGUUUUCAGAGGUUUAAUUUAACAUUAUAGGAAAUGUUUAUUUAUGUAGUUUGAGAAUAGGUUGGUGGCUUUAUUAUUGAAAA